AUAUUUUAACGGAGUUGGGGCUUUCGGAUAGUUCUGGAUUCAUAAACCUCUGUAUUGUACGUCAAUUUAAAGAUUUAAAUGCAUUUAGGAAAAGUUUGGAAAGAAAUGAAAUUGCAUUUGUAGGUUUUGUGGAUGGAUCACGUGAAAUGACCGAAAAAGAAGUUUUAUUUACUAAAUUCUUCAAUGAUAACUUUGAUAUAAAAUCUAAAAACAAACUAUACACCCCAAUUGAUUAUUGUCGGAAACGCAAUUUUGGCAAUUGUGGAAUUUUGGGCUGGAUAUCGCGCUGGAUGAAAUCCGCUGAAAAGAAGAGAUCCGCUGAAACAGAAAUAACCGAAGAAUAUGAAGACAUAGAAACCACUAUAUUACUACCAAAUAAGAAUGGUGGUGGCAAGUAUAUUAUUAUUAUUUAUUUAUGUAUAUUUAUAAAUUAUGUAAAAAUCUUUUACAACUGAAUCAAAUAGUUAUAACUAUGGACUGCCUGAGAAAUUUGUAAGAUGCUAACAUUGUAACUCAUAAAUUUUGUUUUCUCCUAUACAUUAAUGUUUUACAACAUUUUAAAUAUUAAUGGUCAACUAAGAGAUUUUCCAUUAACCUAUCUUCUUUCAAUUUUAAUUAUUGUAAGAACACAUAUAGGUACACAAAAUAUACGGUCAGUCUUUACAUCUAAAACUACAAAACAUACGAACUUUAAUUUUGUAAUAAUAGUUCCUCAAAUGAUCUAGAUGUGCAAUAAGAAUGGAUUUUCCGAUAUUCGUAUUUAAAACCAAAAAGGUAUCUUAAGAUUCAAUAUGUAAACUGAGUAAGUUUAGAGAGUAAGAAAUUUGAACCAUGUUAAAAAAAAUACCAUCUCCUAAAUCCAACCUGGGACUAUACUCAAUGUUUAUGAGUGAAAGAUGAACAUUAUAUUGAUCAAACUGUAUUAUAAAAGUUAUAACGAUUUUAUUUUAAUUGUUUAAAAUAUUAUUCAUUAAUAAUAAUUUAACUGUCAAUAUUACAUUUGUACAAUUUUUAAUUUUUAAACAGCAAGGAUCCAAU